CGAUGACAGCUCGCUAAUCCACUGCGUUUGCUUCACCAGCCCAGUGCAAAGAGGAAAUCUCGAACACAAAAGCGACUCUUCCAACGAAACCGUUUCUCACACAGCUGUCAACAUGAAGGCAAUAAGCCCAGUGAGGUCUUUCCGGAAAAGUAGCACGAAUGUGACGGAGCACAGUCUGGGAAUCUCACGGAGCAAGACCCCCGUGGACGAUCCCCUGAGCCUGCUGUACAACAUGAACGACUGCUACUCGAAACUGAAGGAACUGGUUCCGAGUAUCCCGCAAAACAAGAACGUGAGCAAAAUGGAAAUCCUGCAGCAUGUCAUCGAUUAUAUCCUGGACCUGCAGAUCGCACUUGACUCGAAUUCGGCUAUCACCAGCCUGCAUCACCCGCGAGCAGGGCAGGGGACAUCCAGAACACCCCUGACAACACUCAACACAGACAUCAGCAUCCUCUCAUUACAGACACCUGAGUUUCAAUCAGACUUGAUCACAGAGGACAGCAGGACACUUUACCGUUAAUCAGGUGUUUGGUUAAGACACAAGAACACACAGGACCUGGGAACUGGCUUUUCCUCCAAUUUCUGUUCUCAGUCUGGAGUUUUUUUUUUUUCUUCUUUCUUUCCUGUAAUUGAAUCAAGAGACUUUUUUCCCUUUUUUUUGCUUCUAAAAGGACAAUCCAUGUGAUGUGUUAUAAGUUCGGACAUUGAUUAUUUAUCUUCUUAAAAGACUUAUUUGGUCCUUUCUUCAAGAGGAAGAAGCACUAUAUUCCCUGAAAAUAGGAGGGAAACCUGUAAAUGAUCACAAGGAACCUUUUCUCUGCAUUGAGAAGAAGUCUUACCUUUUUUGUGUUUUUUUUCUUCGUGAAGACCGUGUGAAUAGGAGAAGACGUGGUUAGUUACUGUACAAAGUUUAAGUCUGUUUUUGUCAAUUCUUUUGGCACAUGAAGGACUGGACGGUGAAAAUGACAUGAUGAAACCUUGUGAACUCUCAGAGUUUUAUCUUGUAUAGUUGCAGAAAUUGGACUGUCAGUAUCUGCAAAGUGUUAUGCUGUAUGCUGAGACUUUUUAUAAAAGUAAUAUUGUAAAUCGUACCUUUUUUUUAUACAAAAUAAAUCAAAUGCUUUAUUUGA